UGCGAGGGAGGCGGCAGGCCUGUGCGGCCCGGCUUCGUGGACCCGACCCGAGGCCGUCGCAUGAGGCCGAGCCCGAUCCAGGGCCUGGAUUCGAGGACCCGGGCCACCGCCUCAGCUGGGUGGCCGUGGGGUCCGGGAGUGCGCCGCCGCAUCAGACACGGAGGCAGUGGCGGAGGCAGGCCCUCCCCGGCCUCGGGUGUCUUUUAUGAAUAAUCAAAAGCAGCAAAAGCCAACGCUAUCAGGCCAGCGUUUUAAAACCAGAAAAAGAGAUGAAAAAGAGAGGUUUGACCCUACUCAGUUUCAAGACUGUAUUAUUCAAGGCUUAACUGAAACUGGUACUGAUUUGGAAGCAGUAGCAAAGUUUCUUGAUGCUUCUGGAGCAAAACUUGAUUACCGCCGAUAUGCAGAAACACUCUUUGACAUUCUGGUGGCUGGUGGAAUGCUGGCCCCAGGUGGUACACUGGCAGAUGACAUGAUGCGUACAGAUGUCUGUGUGUUCGCAGCACAAGAAGAUCUAGAGACCAUGCAAGCAUUUGCUCAGGUUUUUAACAAGUUAAUCAGGCGCUACAAAUACCUGGAGAAAGGUUUUGAAGAUGAAGUAAAAAAGCUGCUGCUGUUCUUAAAGGGUUUUUCAGAGUCGGAAAGGAACAAGCUGGCAAUGUUGACUGGUGUUCUUCUGGCUAAUGGAACACUUAAUGCAUCCAUUCUUAAUAGCCUUUAUAAUGAGAACUUGGUUAAAGAAGGGGUUUCUGCAGCUUUUGCUGUAAAGCUCUUUAAAUCAUGGAUAAAUGAAAAAGAUAUCAAUGCAGUAGCUGCAAGUCUUCGGAAAGUCAGCAUGGAUAACAGAUUGAUGGAACUUUUUCCUGCCAAUAAACAAAGCGUUGAACACUUCACAAAGUAUUUUACUGAAGCAGGCUUGAAAGAGCUUUCAGAAUAUGUUCGGAAUCAGCAAACCAUAGGAGCUCGUAAGGAACUCCAGAAAGAACUUCAAGAACAGAUGUCCCGUGGUGAUCCAUUUAAGGAUAUAAUUUUGUAUGUCAAGGAGGAGAUGAAAAAAAACAACAUCCCAGAGCCUGUUGUCAUUGGAAUAGUUUGGUCCAGUGUAAUGAGCACUGUGGAAUGGAACAAAAAAGAGGAGCUUGUAGCAGAGCAAGCCAUUAAGCACUUGAAGCAAUACAGCCCUCUACUUGCUGCCUUUACUACUCAAGGUCAGUCUGAGCUGACUCUGUUACUGAAGAUUCAGGAGUAUUGCUAUGACAACAUUCAUUUCAUGAAAGCCUUCCAGAAAAUAGUGGUGCUUUUUUAUAAAGCUGAAGUCCUGAGUGAAGAACCCAUUCUGAAGUGGUAUAAAGAUGCACAUGUUGCAAAGGGCAAAAGUGUCUUCCUUGAGCAAAUGAAAAAGUUUGUAGAGUGGCUCAAAAAUGCUGAAGAAGAAUCUGAGUCUGAAGCUGAAGAAGGUGACUGAAUUUUGAAACUACACCCUCAGUAAAGCAAACAGGAAUUGUAGAUAUAAAAUGUCAUGUCUCAUGUGUCCUGGUUCUUACAUCUUCCUACCUCCCUAUAUCAAGCAUGAUAUAAGGGCUUUCAUGGCAAAUUUUAUUUUAACUGUUUCUAUGGUUACUGAAAAUGUUGGGUUUAGUUUCUAAAAACCAUGUUUUAAGUAGCUACAGGAGCUAUAGAUUCGAAUCUAAUGUUGCAUUAGUCUUUUCAGUUAUCUUCUACCUCCUGUAUUUUCUACUGUAAUGUAAUUUAAGGCCUUCCACAAUGAACAGUUCACUUUAUUCCCUGGGUUUUCUAUAUAAGCAGUUUUCAAGAUAUGAUUUGGUUAAAAAUAAUUUGUUAUAAAAAUUCUGUUUGCAAAUUAAACUGUAAAAGUAUUCAAAGUCUCAAAAGGCAAUGAUUUGUGUGAUAAUUUGGUGCCAAAGCCCUGCUCAUUAAUGAAAAUGUCAUGUACAAUAACUGAAUUCAUUAACAUGAAUCUUGAGUAUUUGGACCAUUGCUUACAUGUUGGUAACUUUCUUGGAUUUUUAACCCUGGAUGUCCUUGAGCUCAACUGUUUGCUCUCUUGUUUUCAUUCCUUGGUGAAACCAUGGGGUACAAGUAUGAAAGUGAGGUCUUUGAGAAACUGUAUAUGGCAGAAGUUGUGGGAAGAAGAAAGUUGAGCUUUUUUCCAUUGAGAAACAUCUUCAUUCAGUUUGAAUCUUUACAGGCAAAAAAAAAAAAAAAAACCAAUGGGGUAUUAUUUUCAUUCAACCAUCUUCAAAAAAACGUACCUUAGAAAAGUCUUAUUAUUUAUUGUAUUUUACACUUGUCAUACACUUACACUGAUAGGAAAUUAUGAGUAAAGGAAAAGACUACUUAUACUAAACCCAGUAAAUUGUUAAAAAUGUUAAGUGGUCAACACGCUCUAAUUAGAGUAUUUGUUGUAAAGAAUGAAGUAGUGAUGAUGAUAUAUUUUCACUUGGGUCAUACUGGACCAGCUUCAUUCUCUUAACAUACUAACUUACGACUAAAGCAUCUGGUCAUUGACAUACCCAGUUGCCAUCUUUUUAAAUUGCCGUGAGCCAAAAUAUAUCUUCAUAGAAUUGAUCCAUUUGUUUCAAUGGCUGCCUUUUAAUUUCCAUAUUUUCUUGCUGCUAUCCAUGUGUAUAUAUAUAUAUAUAUAUAGUCAUUAGAAAACAAAACAUGGCCAUGCUUUUUGGUGGAAAGAUUUCAUGUUAAAAGUGAACAUUUUGAAAGUUUUUUGAUUGGCAAAAGAAACUCUUGAAAUAAUGCCACCAGGGACUGAGUGGAAAUUACCCCUUUCAAAGGUGCCAUUCUUAGGAGCCAAAAGUUUGGUGUUUAAAAGUUCAUCUUGAAAGGAUAACAUGUAAUAUAAUGUGAAAUAAAGGUAUAAUAACCUUAUGAAGAAGAGCAUUAUAACUGAUACCAUUGUGAAUGUGGUGAAAUUAUUAAAUGAAUAACUUUGAUAAAGUUUUCACACACACGCAAUGUUUCACUAGGUUUCUACAUAGUAAUCUGCUUUUACUUUGAAAUUUGUAGUCCUCAGAAGACUUUCUUAGAAAAAUUAAGUCCAUCUUUACACUUAGGUUAGGUCAGUCUUUUUUAAUUUUUUAAUUUUUUUGUAAGUUCCAUGUUAAUACCUAGUAGAAACUGUAUGUAACGCAUUCACACAUCUCUAUUGUAUAAUCAUUAAGUAGUUGCUCUUUUCAUCCUUAUGGACCCCAACUGUUAACACCUACACCAAAUUCUGAUGUAGUAGAAACUAACAUUUCUACAACCAAAUCAUUGCAUGUUACUGCCAUACAAAGUAUACCCUGUUUUAUUAUAUACUAUGUAUAGUGAAAGAGUGUGUAGUCUUCUAGUACUACAUUAUGAUCUUUGAUCAUACUGUUUUUUUCUUCAUAAUGACAAAGCAGUGUUUAUUUACUACAAUGCUAUAGUGAAUGGAUAAGUCACCUGUGACAGUAUAGUAUAAAGAAAGGGAAUGCUUUCUAAAAAGACUUAAAAGUGGUGAUUUUGAAAGUCAGCUGCCAGUGCCAAUCUAUGGCCUCAAAUAUGUAAUUCUUAAUAUAGAUUGUUAAAAUUGUGCUUGUAAUUAUGAUUGGAUAAGUGUUCACUGAUUUUCCUAACUUGGUGUUGACUUCUAAGGAUAAGUCUCCUCCUAGAUGCUAUAAUUAAAUGUGUGUUUAGAGCUGAUCAAGUUUCUUAAUCUUAAUUCUGGGAAUAUUGUCCUUGAGAUAUUUAAUAUUCUGAAGACUCCAGAUACCAAAAAUGCCACAGGAUAUUUUGACAUGGCAUAAUGAUGGUGGUGAGAGGAAAUGCAUGUGACUGAGAGAUUUACUUCUAAUUCAGGGUUUCUCAAAAUUUUUCCCAUUAUCAACCACCCCCCGAAAAGAAGCCAUUUUAGACUUUUUUCCUAAUAGCACCCCAGUGGAUAUUAAUAUAGAUAUGCUGUAUAUGUAUAGUAUCUGCUUUAUACAUGAAAAGAGUAAGGGGUUUUUUGGUCCCACUUGGGUGUGAUGGCACCCCCAUAGCAAAUGCAUGCCCUAAUACAUCUUUUUUUAAAGGGAAGGGGACCUAGUGAUAGACAUUUGCAUUGACAGAUAUAUCUUUAUGUCCAUAUCUGAAGCAGUGUUUUCUGCCAGGGUCACUAGAAAAUAGAAAAAAUUUGUUUUCUGCCAGUCCCUAUCCCUUAACAGUUGUGCUUUUGUAUAUAACCACGGUAGGUAUCAGAAAAGUCAUUUCCCACUGGCUUUGGAGGUCUUGACAGAUUCUUACCGGAUUAUAAAUGUAUCAUAAAUUGAAUCAUUUUGGUUUCUUCUAAUCUAUAAACGAGUGAAAAUCCUAGGUGAGUGAUUUAAAGUUGGGCAUAACACUUAAAUAAAUGGUAUUAAAAUUGUACUGAUGACUCUACGGUCACACUCAAGUAGGCUGCCUACAGGGACUGACCACUGUUGUUUAGCUUUCAGUGUAACAGAUGCCAAAGUUUUAGUGUUCAUUACUGCUUAGGUUACUGGAUUACCUUUGUAGAAAUUUUGUUCAGAUGCUAUUUACAGGUGCCAUGAAAAAUAGGUUAAUAAGCAUCUUUGUGAGGAGUCUGGUAAAUUGCCUUGCUGUGAUAUUACAUAUAAAGUAUUAAUCUUCAAUUUGUAUAAAAUAUUUCUAUUCACCAGCCUACUAAGGCCUAAAAAAUAUAUUAUUAAGAAAUGAAAAGUUUUUCAGUAAGGUUUAUUUGGUUUAAGUGAAGUCCAGAAGGUAAGUACUUCUGACUUCAAAAUAAUGAAUUUGGCUUCUGCCUAAAAUCUUGAAUUGUAGUGGGCUUGUACCUAAACAAUCUUAUGCAUAAUUGUAUGAAACUUGGUAUGGAUCAGGAAGUCUUCCUGGCUUCCCCUCCCCAUGUUUUUCCUCCAAUUUAAUUAUAGGCAAAUAGUCAUAUCAAAUCCAAUCAUUUAAAUUUUCCAAUGCACUUAUAAUCCUAUCCUUAUUCCAGGGUUGUAGUCUCAACUGUUAAUGACUUGAGAAAAAGAUGAAGAUACUUUACAAAUGCACUCAGUCGCUGUCAAUUUAGUAACUGUUAGUAAGAAUCUUAGUUAAAAGUCAGCUGCACGUGGUGCAUACUAUAGUGCCCUAGAGGAGACAAUGGUAAGAAAUCUACUGAACCCUUUAUUUUGUAGACUUUAUCUAGAGGGACCACUAUCUUGUUAAAAACUACAUGAUUAGAUUAAAAUAAGGAUGAAAGUUUAGACUUUUUUAGCUGAAACCUUGAAGGCUGUGCUUAAAAUUUUGACUUAGAGGUAAACCUUUUGGGGAAAUAAACGAUCCAUUUACAUACUGAAGCCUCUAUUAAAAGAUGAUCUACAUUCUCUGGCAUCUUAAAAAUAAAAUAUUUUUUCUGUAAACAGAGCUCACUUCCCUUCUAGUUAGGAGUAAUGGAUCCCGGCAUGCGAACAGUUGAAGAACAGAGAAAA